AUGGCUCAAAGUAACGAAGUUGAAAAUUGGUUUGAUGAAUGUUUAAAUGAAUUUUUAAAUGAAUGGAAAAUUAUUGAUUCAUAUGAAAUUAUUAGAAUAUAUGGAUUUACAAAAGAUCCAGAUACUUUGAAUUAUGUAUUAAUAAUGGAAUAUACAAAUAAGAAUAGUUUAAACAGAUGUUUAACAGAAAUAACAAAAAAUUGGGAACAAAAAUUAUUUUGUUUAUAUCAAAUUAUUAAGGGGCUUAAUAAUAUUCAUGAAAAAGAUCUUAUUCAUUAUAACUUUCAUAAUGGUAAUAUUUUAUGUAACAAAUAUGAAGGAAACAUAUAUGGAAUUUUUAUUAGUGAUUAUUUAGGAUUAUAUCAACUUGCAAAAUCUUUUUUAAAAGAAAAUGAUAUCUUUGGAGUUUUACCAUUUAUAGCACCUGAAAUUUUAAAAGGUCAACCUUAUACUCAAGCUAGUGAUAUAUAUAGUUUUUCUAUAAUUAUGUGGGAAUUUACAUCUAAAAUUCUACCAUUUAAUGAUAAAGCACAUGAUCUUCAGCUUGCUUUAAGUAUUUGUAAAGGUGAACGUCCUGAAAUUAUUGAAAAUACUCCACAAUGUUAUAUAGAUUUAAUGAAAAAAUGCUGGGAUGAAGAUCCAUUAAAAAGGCCAUCUUCUAAAGAAAUUUUAAAUAUUAUUGAAAGUUGGAUUUUUCGUCCUGAGAAUAAGAAAAUUGAAGAUAGAUGUGUAUAA